AUGGCCGACCGCGCGGCUAAACGGAUGCGACGCAUAAGCACCGAGUAUGACGAGUCUGAGGAUGGAUGGGAUGGAAGAGGAAACAGCAGUGCCGUUCCCACAGCCUCCUCGACCCGCCCUCGCCGCGGAACAGCGAACCAGUCGCCCGCCGCUGCCGUCAUACAACGCUCCUCGCCCGAGGAGACACGCCAGUCGAUCCACCUCACUGUAAAAUCUUCGCCCAACAAACUAAGACAAGCCACGGGCGGAGCCGCACCAAAGGCAGGCGUCAGCAGGCAGAACAUCGUCGCGGGCAAGCGUGCCUCUAGGAGCAGUCGCGUGGUGCGGGAAGUGGACAGCGAGGAUGAGGAGGAAGAGGAUGACGCCGAGGAGGUCGAUGCCAUGGACGUCGACGAUGACGACUCGGACGAGAACGACGUAGACGCAGAGGGCGACGAGGACGACGACAUGGACGCAGAGGGUGACGAGGACGACGACAUGGAGGAUACGCCAGCACCGCGCAUUACCGUCAACGCCAAUCGGGGCAUACCCGUCAAGCCAGCCCCCGCAAUAAAACUUACAAAGGCCCAAGAUCGGGUAGAAGCCAAGGAGAUGGCCAUGGACGAUGACGACGACGACGACCUCAGCGACCCCGAUUCUGAUCUCGAAGAAGAAGACGCAGAGGGUGAGGAUGAAGAUGCCGAGGGCGAAGAGGACGACGAAAUGGGCGUAGCACCUGGUGGUGAUAUGGAUGAGGACAUGGAUAGCGAUGAGGACCUCAGCCGCGACCAGACACCCGAUGUGAGCAAGAUGACAAAGCGACAGCGAGCGUUGGUUACAGAGGAAGGCGACGGCACACUGCUCGCCCUGUCCAACGAGGCACAAAAGAAGAAGCAUCUCACGGCCGAAGAACACGCCAUGCGUAGAGCAGAGAUGGCCAGACGUAGGAAGAACUUGAGUGAAAAGAGGAACGAGGAGGAAAAGCUCGACACCAUCAACCGCUUGCUCAAGAAACAACCCCCGAAACGCGGCCGCAAAGCCCUGCAAGACGAAGAUGGCCAGGAAGAGGAGCCAGAACCCGAGCGAGCAAACCCGCUCUUCGUACGCUACAUCCAAAACGCAAAGGGUACCCAACUCGCUGUUCCGGAUGAGUGGCUACAGGCGCCUGUAGGAAACCUUUUUACAGGUGACUUGCAAAAGGGGGCUCAGAAGCCAUUUAGUGGUAGGAUGGUUGAGGAAGUUGCUUGA